CAUUCACCUUCUACUCUCCGAUUUCUAUCACUGGACCAUUUUCUACACACAAAACUCUCAUUAAACCAUAGAAAUAAUAGAUCUGAAUAAGAAGAAACGUGGGUGAAUCAAAGAUGUCGUGGCAAACAUAUGUUGAUGAUCACUUGCUUUGUGAGAUUGAAGGUAAUCAUCUCACUUCUGCUGCUGUUAUCGGUCAAGAGGGCACCGUUUGGGCCCAAUCUGCUAAUUUCCCUCAGCUGUGUCAAAUAUAUUUCUCACGAGUUGAAGAGCUCCAGAAUCAAGCGGAACAAGAUUAUUAUAUUGGCUCAACUGUUCAGGACAAAUAAUUCUUCAUAUAGCGUCAUGGUUUACUGGCGAGCUGCUAAGGUGAUGAAUCUGAAGAUAUCAAGGUAUUAUCGAGGAUGAUGAUGAUGACGAGAAUAAAGAGGAGGUGAUAGAAAAGAAGG